AUGAACUUUACAGCCUCUCUUUUUGAUCUGGAGCAGCGCUGUGCGUACUUUCGCGAAGACGUGGGCCUCAAUUUCUACUAUUCAACCUUCAACUUCAGUGUCCCAUUCGCUGGACCCUUCAGCGUUGUUGCCAAGAAACGUCGCGGCGAGAUUUUCUACUACAUUCACCAGCAAAUCCUGGCACGAUACAACUUCGAGAGACUCUGCAAUGGACUGCAUCGCGUUAAGCGGCUGAACAACUUUGAUAGGCCCAUUGAAGAACCUUACUUCCCGAAAUUGAAUACCACAGUUUCCAGUCGCAAUUACCCACCGAGAUUCGCCAAUUCAACGCUCUGUGACUUGGACCGCGAGGAUGACUAUUUAGUUUGUGACUUAUCUGCACUGUCGCGAUGGAGAGAUCGAAUCUUAGAAGCUUGUGAUCGAGGAUUUGCUAUCACACAUGACAACACGAAAGUUGAUUUGCAAAAUGAACUUGGUAUCGAUUGUAUCGGAAACAUGAUUCAAUCAUCACUUCUUUCUCCGCACGAAGCUUAUUACGGAGAUAUGGCUAAUAUGGGCCACUUGUUCAUCGGAUUCUGUCAUGAUCCUGACGGCAGAAACUUGGAGGGAUUCGGAGUUAUUGCCGAUCCUGCCACAGCUUGUCGCGAUCCCUUGUUCUAUCGCUGGUACGCUCUGAUUGUGGACAUGUGCAAUCACCACAAGAAGUACUUGAAGCCAUACACGCACGCUCAACUCUGCUAUCCCGGCGUCAAAAUAUCCCACGUCGAGACCUUCAUUUUGUCUGACAGAGAAGCAAUUGUGAAGAACGAAUUACACACUUAUUGGGAGAAGAGUGACUUCGACAUUAGUGGUGGAUUGGACUUCUCACCAACAGAUCCAGUUUACGUGAGAACUACGAAUUUGCAACACAAGACCUUCAGUUACAAGAUCGAUGUGGAGAAUACUGGAGCGGAUUGUGCGGGAUAUGUUGUUAUCUACUUGGCACCUAAGCACGAUGAGCACAAUACUCGCUUCUUCUUCGAGGAUCAAAGGGACUUUUUCGUUACAAUGGAUUAUUUCAAGGUUUCAUUGCGUCCUGGGAAAAAUACAAUUGUUCGGCGCUCGAAUGAGGCUGUUAUUGCUGACUACAUGAAGCACAUCGUUCCAAAUUCAUUCAAAAUCAAUGCAGGUCAGAAACACAUGAAUUGCACAGGUCGCGGUUGGCCACAGAAUCUCCUCAUCCCGAAAGGAAAUACAGCUGGAUUUGAGUGCGAUCUCUUCGUGAUGGUGACCAAAGAGGAAUUCCAACCAAACAGUUCCUCUGUAAAUCUCGGUUUUCCCUUCGAUCGCAAGGCCUCAUCGCAUGUUUUGUACCUCAAAGACUUCCUCUUUGAAAACAUGUACGCUCAGGAUAUCAAGAUUCGCUUUCUCGAUCAAACUGUCGAUCGAACUUCGGGUACACCAUCGAAACCUUUUGAACACCCGUGUCAAUGUCAGAAGGUAAAGCAGCGCUCAACUGUCAGAAAUCAUCCUCAAGACAAUCGUGUGGUUUUUGGAUAUUUCAUGAACACGGAAAAAGCGGUAUUUCGACGAUACGAGACGCGUGAGGUGAAAUGA